AUGAAGCAACUUGAAGACCCAUACUUGGUAGAAUUGAUGUUGCGGGCUAGAGAGGGAUCGACCACUGAAUUUCAGUAUGAUGAAAAUCAAGAAUGGAAGUUCAAGAAAAGGCUAUGUGUUCCCGUGGAUGCUGAAUUAAGGAAUGAGAAUCUUCAUGAAGCUCAUGCUAGUUCUUACUCAGUAUAUCCAGGCCAUGAUAAGAUGGUUAGCAAAUUCAGAAAGUUGUUUUGGUGGAAAGGGUUAAAGAAAGAUGUAGCUGCAUUUGUGUCUAGAUGUCUGGUAUGUCAAAAGAUCAAAUCAGAGAGAAAGAAAGAAGCUGGGUUGACGCAGCCAUUAGAUAUAUUUGAUUGGAAGUGGGAUUCCAUUUCAAUGGAUUUUGUGGUUGGUUUGUCGAGGUCAAGGAGGGGUAAUGACUCCAUUUGGGUUAUAUUUGAUCGAUUGACGAAGACUAGUCGGUUUAUUGCUGAAUCAAAAUUAGCAUUGGUGGAAUUCUCCUACAAUAAUAAUUUUCAUUUGAGUAUCAGGUUGGCACCAUUCAAAGCUUUGUAUGGGCGCAAGUGUAGAACUCCUUUGUGUUGGGAAUACUUAGACACCAAUAUUCCUACAGGACCGGAUUUGAUUCAAGAAACAGUGGAUCAGGUAAAAGUCAUUCAGGGUUUGAUGAAGAGAGCUCAAGAUCGUCAGAAGAGCUACAAUGACAACCGGCGUGAAACGAUUUGGAGUAAAAGGAAAACUAAGUCCAAAAUUCAUACGGCCAUUGGAAAUCUUGCGAAGAUUGGAGAAGUGGCUUAUGAAUUAGCAUUGCCGCCAGAGUUGGAUGGGAUACGUAAUGUCUUUCAUGUGUCUCAACUAUGCAAGUAUAUGUAUGAUCCUUCGCACAUCCUAAGCUACGAACCACUACAAGUUGAUGAAACUCUGAGUUAUGAGGAAAAACCAUUAAAAAUUCUUGAUCAGCGGAGCUCUGAGUCAUGGUCGCGUAGCCACUUGAAUCGCCUCUAUUCGGGUUUGUAUGAGAAAUCCUAUAGCUUGAUAAUAUGUAAUGGUUAUUCAGAUCGAUCUCGAGCCCCUGAUCCCGUUUCGUUCUUGCAAGAACCUUAUAGCCGUGUUUUGAUUCACUAUAAACUGAAGGUUCUUAGUCGUAUUUACAUCGAUACCAAACGAUCUUUUAAAAGAGUCACAUUGUAA